ACCGGUUUUUCCUCAGAAUUCGUACGCAGAGCUUGGGAUGUUGAUAGUAAAACAGUUGGCAGCUUUGUUAGCACCCAAUCCGGCAAAUGCAUUGUCAAGCUUCCUGCAUCAUUCAAGAUGGCGGAAUCCUCAAAGGAACACCAUAAUGGAAUGGUGUAUAACUGCGAGGAAGCACUAUUAGAUGUUGAUAUUAAGAAUGGUGGAAGAGUUGUGGUGUUGAACACGAAUUAGCCUUUAGUUGCAGAGGUCGGACUCGGUGCUGAUCUUGUUAGGUUGGAUGGUGGAGCUAUGUGCUCUCCUGGAUUUUCUCGUGACUCUGCUUUGCAGGUUACUUACAUUGUUAGAGGAAGUGGACGCUUUCAGGUUGUUGGCGUCGAUGGAUGGAGAGUGUUGGAAACUACUGUGAAGGCCGGUAAUUUGUUUAUUGUUCCGAGGUUUUAUGUUGUUUCAAAGAUUUGUAAUCCUGGUGGUAUGGAUUGGUUCUCUAUUAUCACCACCCCAAACCCAAUUUUCACCCAUUUGGCCGGAAGGACUUCCGUGUGGAAGGCAUUGUCACCAGAGGUGCUCGAGGCGUCAUUCGGUGUGUCUUCUGAAGUAGAGCAGCUUUUCCAAUCGAAGAGAACCUCUUAUGAGAUUUUCUUCCCACCAUCAAACGGAGUAAAGGAAUAAACAAGCUUGAGGAAGCAGUAGCUUAUCAGUUGUUUUAAUCUUUUUAGUCUGGUUUAAUAUUAUUUUUUUCAAUUAACAAGCUUGUUAAGUAUUCUUUAGAAAAUAUAUGGCUCUUUUUCAUGUU